AAGAAACUUUUCCAUUGUGUUCCAACAAGGGGAUUUGCUAAAAACUUCGAAGAUGGGCCACAAAGGCCAGAAGAAUAAGGUGGUAUUAGCUAGGGGUGGCAUGCUUAAGAAGGAUGUUGGCUCUAAAAAUGACAAGGAAGCAAGAAAAAGUGUGCUAGAAGAUAUUUUGAAGGAACAAGUGGAGGUGGCCAAGCUUGUAGCUAGAGAUUUUGAUCAGAUAGGUUUUGAUGUUAAGAAGGUGGAUGAGUUGCAGCUUGACUUGAGUGAUACUGGUGUGGAUGUAGUGAUUCCAACUAAGACUAAUGUUGAGAAAGCCCAGGAUGUUACUAUCAGCUAUGGGUCUAUUGAGCAAAGCCUAGAAAAGUGUUGUAAAGUUAAAGAUAAGUGAACUACAGAUUCUAAGUCACAUGUCGGCUAAGAUAAGUUUCAAUUUGUUCUAAUGGUGCUAGUGCCUCUAGAACAAGGAAUGUUGAACCUUCGAGAGCUAGAUGGUUUAAUAUGCUCCAAGAAGAGAAAUAAGAUGCUUUCCCCCCC